AUGUCUAUUGAACAAGAUGUUGAAGAUAUUUCAUCUUUCUCCUCAAUUGAGUCUUACAAACCAGAACCGUUUGUCGGCCAAGGAAUUGCCAGAGAGAAUACUGAUGAACUAGAAUUCCAAUCCAAUUUGAAGGAUGCACAAUCACACACUAGUGAAAAAUUUCAAGAAGAGCAAGUGGAUCCGUUGAAACAGGUGCAAACCAAUGAUUCUUUUUGGAGUUUCCGAUCCGUGAGCAACACAUCUAGAACCAGCUCCAAAAAUUUGAAGAAGCAAAGAUCAAGGGAUAUAGAAAGGAUCGUAACUCAGAAUGCAAUGCUUGGUAAAGCUGAAACAGUCGAUUCUUUGAGGGCCACUGGGUUAGAUCUUACAAAAAGGGCUGUUCCUGAUAUCAAUUCACCAAUUAGUCAUGAAUCUAAACUUAUAGAUGAAUCAAAAUUUGAAACAGAUACAGGACUGAUAAAAACGAAGACACUUGAAACUCUUAACAGAUCAAAUACUAGAAACUCUUCUUCAAAAAGAAAAAUCUUGGGAAAUGAUAAUAGUAAUACAAGCGGACUAGAUCCUGAAAGAAUGAAUAUGGUUGUUGAAAGAAAUAGGAAAAAACUAGAAAAAUAUCAGCAGCAUAAGAAGGAAAAGGGCUUGAAGGGAUUCUUUUACAAGAUUUUUGAUUAA